AUGAUUUCCACACGAUACUGGUUUCACAUCGGAGCUAUCACUGCAACUCUUUUGCUGGCGCUGAUACUCCCCGACAGGAAAAGUAUCUUCGGGUUUUUGGCGGGUGAAGAAAUUGAGAUUUCAAAAAUUGUCGUCGAGACCGUGGUCUCUUCUGCUCCUCCCGGCACUGUCGAUCGACAUCAGGAAGAGAAGCAAUUUCUCCUCCAGCGAUUACGUCGGCCGAAUGGCGAGCUAAGCCAAUAUCACCCUCGACGUCGGCUGCUGGCCGCCCUUCAUGGAUUUUAUCGAUAUGCAACAAUUGCCAUGAAUGACUUGAAUACUAUCAGUACCAGAUACAAGAGUCUACCCGACAAUCAGAAACGGCUGAUUGAACUCACCGUUAAGUACGACGAAAAGAUUCGACAGACGGAACGACUCAUAAAAAAGAAUGAUGUAAUAGCCCAGAAAAUUGUCGACCACGCUCUCGAGUUCUAUGGUGUUGAAUUCUCCGAGCUUCAAAAGUUCGUCCAUGACGUGGAGUCGAGUGGGCAGUCUGCCGAGCGUGUGAGCGUCUCGCAGGCCUUGAAGCAUUAUAUCCGUGAUUGGGCGCCAGAGGGCGAGCAUGAACGGAUCAGUACCUUCCCUCACAUCCUAAACACCCUUGAGAAGCUAUACCCCAAGCGGGACCGCGCCAACCCUGUUCGAGUCCUUUUGCCAGGCUCCGGGCUUGGGCGUUUGGCGCAUGACAUUGCUGAUUUGCAAGGCUUUGAAGUUACUGCUAACGAAUGGUCGAUGUACAUGAAUGUUGCGUACCGCUACAUUACGUCUCCAGGAGGUUCUUUGGCUAACUCGUCUACUAUCUACCCUUACAUCGACUGGUGGUCACACCAGCCAACAACGGCAGAGCUUCACCGGCCCAUUACAUUUCCUGUUGUGCCUGUCGACCCUCAUUCCGUCGUUCUCGUUGAAGGGGAUUUUACAACGGCUUUCAAGAAACCUAGCGAUCAAGGCCGCUUUGAUGCCGUGGUAACUCUGUUCUUCAUCGAUACGGCGCGCAACAUUGUUACGUAUAUUGAAACCAUCCACCAGCUACUCAAGCCAGGUGGGGUAUGGAUAAACCUCGGGCCUCUGCUUUACGGCUCCUCUCCAGUUAUUCAGCUAUCUUUGGAUGAAAUUAUCGACAUCUCUGAGGCAGUUGGAUUUGACCUUCAAGACACGGAUCCGCAAUGUGGGGAUAUUAGCCUGCCAGGUAGAAAAGUUCGUCAAAUGGAGGCACCGUAUGGGUUCAACAAAGAUACACUAUCAAAAAAUGCAUAUUGGGCGCAGUUCUGGGUGGCGACUCGUCGAUAG